GAUCCAUCUUCAAAAAUGGAAGAUUCAUAUAAACUGGCAAGGAAGGGCAAGUGAAUUCACGGUUGUUUUACCCAUUACCUUUGAGGGAGGAAGUUGUUCUUGGAGAGACAAGCUUGAAUAUCGCAGGCUUCUUUCUUGCACGGCUCUUUGAUGGGUUGUGCCAUCUUCUUCCCCGCUUUAUCUCUCUCUCUCUCUCUCUGGGACGGUUUUCCUCUGUUCACUAUAUUCUGCGUUGAGCGAGUUCAAUCUACAGAUUGCAGAACAAUCGCUGGUUCCUUCCUUCUCCUCCUCCGUUGUAUUAUAUUCCCAGGAAGGAAUCAAACUUCUGUGGAUUCCGAAACUCGCCCCCCGAAGUUGAGAUUUACAGCCAGCCCAUCGUCUCCUUCAAAUGCAAAUUCAAGCUUUUCUUUCGGUGAUUGAAAAUUGGACUUUCAGCUGUGUAUGCUAAGAGGACAUUGCCAUUGGUCACCGUUUGAUAAAAGAAACGUUAACUUGAUUGAUCAAACCUGAACUUUUUGGACUUGGUGUAAUAAAGUAUGAAAAUUUAGGCACUAAAUAGAUAUCUAACCAAAAGUUCGCGGGGUUUUGUCUUUUUUUUCCUUUUUUUCUUCGAAGGAGUUUUCUGUUUGAUUGUUUGAACAGAAACGCGAAAGUUCCAUUUAUAAUUUUCUGUUCGUGCUCUCUCCGCCUUCGUGCAAUGGAGAGGAUUCUAAGUUUCGCGGCAAAGCUAAAGCAAGCAUCGUUUCUAUGGCUUGAAGGAUUUAUAGAAGCUUGCUGCCUUCAUCGCGCGUUCCUCCUCUGUCGCAGGUCGAAGAAGCUACUGAUUCGAACUGGGCAGUGUUUUCUGUUGAAUGGGUUCAUAUUUUUGGGAAGUCUAUUUCUGCUGAAUUCAGUACUCAUCCCAACAUUACAAUGGAUAUUGCCUGAUAAGUGCUCGGGGAUGAGCUCCCAUGAGCCCUGCUUGCAUGAUAGCGUUCUGAAAUAUUACUCGUUCUUACGCGGUGCCCUCUUGCAUCUCCUUUAUAUCUUUUGGUUCUACCCAUUGUACCGGUUCAGUUGUAUCCUGGGCAUUCUCUGGUAUGACGACAUUGCUAAACAUGCUUUCGCUGCAAUGGAAAACAAUGGGCGCAACCUAUUGAAACCCUCAGGGUCGGAUGAGGUAGCGGCAGAGCAUAAAAAAGCUCCAAUGGAGAAGCCUCCAGGCCUCGAGGGAGUUUUUGUGGGAAUAGGGGAGCAGGUGUACUCAGUACUGCUUGUAAUAUUCUUCUCUGCGCAGGUUCAUGCUGUAGGAAUCGUGCCAUUUGUUGGGAAGGCAUUGAGUUUCGUACUGCAGUCCUGGAUGUAUGCCUACUAUUGUUUCGAGUACAAAUGGAAUUUGUCUGAAGUGCCGCUGGACAGGAAACUGGACUUCUUCGAAACUAACUGGCCCUUUUUUGUUGGUUUCGGCAGCCCCUGUGUUCUGGCUAGUUUCUUCUUCUCUACUUAUGUGAGCUACGGCGUGAUGGCCACUCUUUUCCCCCUGUUUGUUUUGACUGCAACGAGCUCGAGUUCCCAACAGCUCAUUUUCUCUGAGAGGGAAAAAUGGAAGGGGAUAGGACUUGGAAGGCUACCCAUAUUUUGUAUCGCCGAUAAAUUAUCGCGUCGGAGCUUUUCCUCCGUCCCUUGGAUUCUCGACAUGAUGAACCGGGCUCUAAGUCUGGCUACGACAAUUUCAGCUUUUCUGAUUAACACUCUGACAAGCAAAGCGCGCAACGCUUAGAAAUGGGCUAAGCCGUAUGUAUCUACAUUGCCUCCAUACACUUGUUGAUGACCUGGAGGAAGGAACCGAUCCCCGAAACCAUCACAAGACGGACGAGACGACGGCUGGAGUAUCUGGUUGAUCAAUGUACAGAAAAGAAUCUGGAUCCGAGAAUGAUGUAGAGCUUCAUUAUUAGUUUGUACUUAGUUGCUUAGUUCAUACAGUAUCUCGAUUGUGCAAAAUGCUCCAAAGUUUGAUAAUCAUAUAUGUAUUUGCGCGCGCAUUUCAAACAC